CACGAUGGUUAAGAUAUCGAUCCAUAACGAUUAUUUAUUAAGUUAGGUUAGCAGUAACCGGUCCGGAGAUGUUUAAACAAAUCUUUCGAUCGUCCGGAUCAUACAAUUUAAAUCAAAUUUUACCAAAUACAUUAAAAAAAGUUACUAUAGUAUAUUGGAAUGCAAUUCAAUGUCAGGACAUUCGGACCUUCUGUACUCCUGCAGCAAAGAAAAAAUGGGAUUUAUACAGUGCUGUCUGUUUAGAACGUCAUCCAAUUAUAACACAACCAAUGCAAGAGAUAGAACAAAGAUUUCAUAAUAUGUUAAUGAAAAUUGAGUAUGAAAAUAGUCUAAAGUCUGAUCAUGAAUUAAGAAAGGAAAGAGAAGAGAAGCAGAAAAAAUCAAGCAACAUAGAUAGCACAGAUGUCAAUAUUGUGAUACAAACUGCACAGGAUUUUGAGGAUAAUGCCGAGGAGGAAUUGAAGAAUUUUAAAUUUGCACCAACAAUUACAAAAUUUGAUAAACAAAAUAUAACGUCAUCUAUAAAACGUAAAUUGGAUAGAAAUUUGCUUUUAUUAGUACAACAAAAAGUAGGUGAUUUGCACUAUUGGAUACCUCCUCAAGGUAUUCGACAAGAAGGAGAAACCAUGAGACAGACUGCAGAAAGAGUAUUACAAGAUACAUGUGGUGAAAAACUAAAAGUAAAGUUUUAUGGUAAUGCGCCUAUUGGAUUUUAUAAAUACAAAUAUCCCAAAAAACUUUGUGAACAAGGAAUUUAUGGUGCUAAAGUAUUUUAUUUCUUGGCAAAACAUAUAGAUGGAGAUGUCACUAAUAAUGUAAAAUAUCAGUGGUUGGAUCAUGAAGAAUUAGAAAAAGUGUUACCUAAUGAAAUACAAAAAAGUAUUUCGCAAUUUAUAUUAUGAUAUAUAAUAUUGAACUCAUUCUUGGAUUUCUUGAUUUAAUAUUGUCAAUUAAUAAAUACCAACAAUAAUCACAAAGAAUAUUUAAUAUAAAAAAUACAUUGAGUGCCAUAUAAAUUGAUUAUAACAUCAUUUUUAUUAAGUUUGAUAUAUUAAUAUUCUAUUGUAAUUAUUAAAUUAAUUCAUGUAAGUUUUAAUUACGUAUGCUGAUGAACAAUAAUUGAAAGUCAGAUUUAUUUAGUAAUUGAUUGAAACUUUAUGAAUUUACAUUUAUAUUCUAUAUGCUUCAUGUAUUAUGGAAACUUUAGGUCUAAUUAGUAUCAAAUAUAUUACAUGAUAGAAGCAUCCAUAAA